AUGGGCUCUCUUAGUCGAGUCGCUGGCCUUACGCGUCUUGACAUGGUCCGGAGUGGUGACAUUCAGAAGAGCCAUGGAAUACAGCGUUUGCUUCUCCAGAUUGAGAAGUCACAGCUGCGAUGGCUUGGCCAUGUGUUGCGAAUGCCUCCCGAAAGGAAGGCUAAGCAACUGUUCCUUGCAAAUCCCACCGGCAUUAAGCCCAGAGUCUUGAAGAACAGAUCUGGACAUCCUCUUACCAAGGAUGAUGACAUUCUUCGGCGAUGGCGGGAGUACUUCGAGGAACACCUUAACCCCGCGCAACAGCAGGAGGACUCGCCUUUAGAGCAGAAGGGUACGGAUAUUACUAUCUCUGUAGACCAAAUUGCGCAGGCUGUGAAAAGCUUGAAAAAUGGAAAAGGUGCCGGAAUUGACGAAAUCCGCCCUGAAAUGCUCAAGGCAUUAGGC